AUGUCGUCGGUCUUUCUGGACCACGGCGAGAUCUGCUUCCGCAUUGCAGUAAUGUGUUGCUGUGCCAGAUCCAUUUCCGAUGGCUCUCGUGUCAAGCCGGCCUCAAAGCGGCAGUACUAUGUAUCGUACGUCGAGCGAACACAACAGGAGAUCGCCUGGUUAACAGCGGCACUCUCGCUGCAGUAUCUUGGUCAUCGCUUGGCUGACAAGAUGCCUACGCAUGGAACACGCCUCAUCACGACGCCGAAGCAGCGAGCUCUGAACGAGUACGGCGAUAAAGUGAUUCAAUUCUUGAGCUUCGUCAUGCAAAUCACCGAGAUAGGCUUCAACGGACUUGUCGAGCUGAAAGAGCCUGUGUCUAACAACGUACGCGUACGCGAUUUUCUGGGGCUCACGCUGAGCUUUGGCGACCAGACAAUCGUCGCAACGAGCUCAUGCGACGCUCGAAUUGAAGGCCAAGAUGGCGGCAAUCGGCCGGUACUGCCAAGUGCUUGGCUGGAUAUUGACGUGAGCUUGUCUACGGAGGCGAAUUGUUUUGGGAAAUGGCGAUGUCCACGUGAAGCUGCUUUUUCUCGUGUGCUCGGACGCUCGUAUGAUGCAGGUAGCACUUGUGAUGACUUUGGUCAGCUGAUGCGGUCGAACAGUUGCCUCAAUCGAUCCGGAGGUGGUAAGUGCGUCCGCUUUAUUGACCCAAGCUACUGGCAGGACGAUACGCCAAACGACGGAUCAUUCACUGUGGAGGUUUCCAGUGUGUCGGUCAUGGAUAGUGUCGCUAAGUUUGCAAUCAGUGUGCUCUUCUACUCGAACGGAGAGUUGGAGAUGACAACUGUUGAUCGUCGCUACUCCGAGUUCGACGAGCUGGCCACGACGCUCGAGGAGAAGCUGCGUACUUGCAGCAGUUUCUCUCACGUCUGCUUCGACUAA